UGUUAGGAGAGAUUUAAAAAAAAAAAAAAAGACGCCAUCCUGCUGUUCGACAAACGCUAUCCCUUCCUCUCUCCCUUCUUAAUUAUUAAUCUCGUAUCAAAAGUGUUCUGUGUCUCAUCUGGAAAGCUUUUUCUCCGUCAUAAAAUCCUUUUUUCACUCUCUUUCUCAAACUUCCGUUAGACCCGGACUAUCUAUCUUUCUCUCAUUUAUCUAUCUAUCCAUUCCAUCUCCCUUUUCCCAUUUAUUGUAAUAUCUUCUUUAGGGUUUUGAUUCAAUCAUUUUUAAUUUAGAAAGAGAAAAUGACGACUACUUCUGUGAAGAACAACAUUUUACCUCCUGCCUUGGGUAACAAUCUCCAAGAAGUUCUUCUUAGCAGAAAAGGAGGAAACAACAACAACAAUGAACAACAAAAGGAUGAUUCUGUUGGUGGUGAUUCUACUGAGCCAUCUGCUUCUACUUGUAAUGAAAACGCUCCUGAUGACAAUGACUGCUCCAAGCCUGUUGUCUUGGUUACCAAUGCGGAAGGGAUUGAUUCCCUUGGCCUUGUUUAUCUCGUUCAAGCUUUGGUCCGUUUAGGCCUCUACAAUGUCCAUGUUUGCGCCCCUCAAUCGGACAAAUCUGUUUCCGGUCAUUCCGUGACUGUCCGAGAAACAAUUACUGUUACUCCAGCAGAAAUGGAUGGUGCCACAGCAUAUGAAGUCUCAGGGACUCCUGUGGAUUGUGUCUCCUUAGCAUUGUCUGGGGCGUUGUUCUCAUGGUCAAAGCCUCUGCUGGCAAUUAGUGGAAUCAACCAGGGAUCAAGCUGUGGUCAUCACAUGUUUCAUUCAGGUGUUGUGGCUGGCGCUAGAGAAGCAUUAAUUUGUGGUGUACCAUCUUUGUCAAUAUCACUGAACUGGAAGAGAGAAGAAAGCCAAGAAAGUGAUUUUAAGGAUGCAGUUGCUGUCUGUUUACCUUUAAUAAAUGCAGCCAUCAGAGAUAUUGAAAAGGGUGUUUUCCCUAAAAGUUGCUUUCUCAGUAUAGAAAUUCCUACUUCACCUUCAGCAAACAAGGGUUUUAGAUUGACCAAGCAAAGUAUGUGGAGAUCUGCACCAAGUUGGCAAGCUGUUUCAGCUAAUCGGCAUCCUUCUGCUGCACAUUACAUGUCUAAUCAACAAAGCCUUGGGCUCCAACUUGCACAGCUUAGCCGAGAUGCAUCAGCUGCUGGUGCCGCUCGCCACCUGACCACACAAAGGAAGAAUGUGGAGGUAGAGUCCGUUGGGGCUGCUAAAUCUGAUACAAAUAAACUGAAAAAGUACUUUCGACUGGAGUUUGUAGAUAAAAAGCAGGAAGACACAGAUGAGGAUUUGGAUUUCAGGGCACUUGACAACGGAUUUAUUACAGUAACUCCUCUAUCACUUUCUCCACAAAUUGAGUCGGACAUUCAGACGGCUGCAUCGGAUUGGAUCUGCGGUGCGCUUCAUGGGGAGCAAUAGAACCUUGGGACCACCAUGAAAUCUGAAAGUCAUUUGAACACAACUGCAGGAGCCAUUACGUUUAGUGAUCAAUUGAUUUGUGCUUUAUUGUUACUUUUCUUUUUCUUCUUUGUUUUGUAUCUUCCCUCUUCAUUUUUCAAAGGGGGUUCUAAAGUAUCAUUAAGUUGAUGUGUCUCCGUUUGUUUCAGCUGUUGAUACAAAGGAUAUAGCCUGGUGUAACUGUACAUUAUAUGACCUUGUGCUUCCUGCAAAUUUUUUUUUUUUUGUUUCUGAUCACUUUUUUUUUUUUUUAUCUUUCAUUUUAAAAAAUUUUUUAUUUGGAUUUGUAUGUAAUCUGGUCAUUAUUU